UCUGAAUGGUGACGUUUCCAUAAAAAAUAGGGGGCUUCGUAAUAAUUAAGUGAAGAAAACUGUUUAAUUUUUCUCAAGAAAUCAUUUCUAAAUUUCAUUCGAUUAUGUUUGUUAAAUGCCUACAAGUGUGGAAUUUAUGAUUUUUCUAAGGUUCAGAAACGAGGCACAAUAAAAACAACACAUCAUGUCACUCCAGGCGUUUGUGAUUUUUUCAUUUCUGUUUUUAACACCUAUUAAGGGUUUUUAUUUACCUGGUUUAGCCCCCGUGAACUAUUGCAAAACAACCGAAGAUCCUGGAAAAUCAUGCAAGACAGAGAUUCCUUUAUAUGUGAAUAGGCUGAAUACAGAAGAAUCUAUUAUUCCAUUUGAAUACCACCACUUUGAUUUCUGUACUACAAAUGAGGACCAAUCGCCUGUUGAAAAUCUCGGUCAAGUAGUUUUUGGUGAGAGAAUCCGUCCUAGUCCUUAUAAACUAAAGUUUCUUGAGGAUACAAAAUGUAAAGCAGUAUGCAAGAAGACAUACAGAGGCUCCGAUACAGAUUCUACAAAAAAACUUAACUUGCUGAAGAUGGGUAUGACAUUGUGCUACCAACAUCACUGGAUUUUGGAUAAUAUGCCAGUGACCUGGUGUUACCUAGUCAAUGAAGGUGGUAAAAUGUACUGCAGUACUGGUUUUCCAAUGGGUUGCCAAGUUCGUAAAGAUAAUAUGGACACAUGUGCUUCGAUAGUUACUAUACCUGCAAAGGUUGGUGCCUAUUACCUAGUUAACCAUGUGGAUCUGGAGAUUACAUACCACAGUGGUGGUGAUGAAGAUUGGGCUGUAAGCUUUGGUGAAAAUGGAGGCCGCAUUAUAUCUGCUAAGGUAAAGCCAGCCAGCAUAAGACAUGAAAACGAAAACAACUUAGACUGUACUGUUCGGAACAAUCCUCAAGAAAUACCAGCAACACUUGACAGUGAUAAGACUUUGGACGUAAUUUAUACGUACAGUGUUACAUUUAUAAAGAACAACAACAUUAAAUGGUCGUCGAGAUGGGACUACAUAUUAGAAUCAAUGCCGCAGACCAAUAUUCAAUGGUUCUCGAUUUUAAACUCCUUGGUGAUAGUCCUGUUCCUCAGCGGAAUGGUUGCUAUGAUAUUGCUAAGGACCCUCUAUAAAGACAUCGCUAGAUACAACCAAAUGGAAUGUGGUGAAGAUGCUCAGGAGGAAUUCGGUUGGAAAUUAGUUCACGGUGACGUCUUUCGACCUCCUCGUCGGGGCAUGCUGCUGGCUGUCUUCUUAGGAUCUGGAUCUCAAGUGUUCGGCAUGACACUUGUGACGCUGGCGUUCGCGUGCCUCGGGUUCCUGUCGCCGGCCAACCGCGGCGCGCUGAUGACGUGCGCGCUCGUGGUGUGGGUGCUGCUGGGCGCCGCCGCCGGCUACGUCAGCGCGCGCGUCUACAAGAGCUUCGGCGGACGAAGAUGGAAGAGCAAUAUCCUACUCACUUCCACUGUCUGUCCCGGCGUUGUUUUCUCUCUGUUCUUCGUGAUGAACUUGGUGCUGUGGGGUAAGGACUCGUCGGCCGCGGUGCCGUUCUCGACGCUGGUGGCGCUGCUCGCCCUGUGGUUCGGUGUGUCUGUGCCUCUGACGUUCAUCGGGGCCUACUUCGGCUUCAGAAAGAGGAUCCUGGACCAUCCAGUGCGCACCAACCAGAUCCCGCGGCAGAUCCCCGAGCAGUCCCUGUACACGCAGCCGAUACCCGGCAUCAUCAUGGGAGGAGUUUUGCCCUUCGGUUGCAUCUUUAUACAGCUGUUCUUCAUACUCAACUCUCUGUGGUCUAGCCAAAUGUACUACAUGUUCGGCUUCCUGUUCCUGGUCUUCGUGAUCCUGGUGAUCACGUGUUCGGAGACGACAAUCCUGCUGUGCUACUUCCACCUGUGCGCCGAGGACUACCACUGGUGGUGGCGCGCCUUCUUCAGCUCUGGCUCCACGGCCGGUUACCUGUUCAUCUACUGCUGUCACUACUUCGUCACCAAGUUGAACAUCGAGGACGCUGCCUCCACCUUCCUCUACUUCGGCUACACUCUGAUCAUGGUGUUCUUGUUCUUCCUUCUGACCGGCACGAUCGGCUUCAUGGCCUGUUUCUGGUUCGUCAGGAAGAUCUACAGCGUAGUGAAAGUAGAUUAAUUAGUGUGUGGCUGUGUUUUAAGUGACGGAGUUCGUACAACGUUUGCGUGUCCAUUGUGGUUGAAUCAAUUGUGAUUGUAUUGUAUUAUGGGUAAAUUAUACAUUAAAGUGAUUUUCUUUA